AUGAGUGUGCGGGUGUCGGCGGUCACAGCGGCCAUGAUGCCCCGGGCUGCCUCACGCUGUUUCCCCGCAGACAGACGCUCGCUGACCGGCCUGACGCUGCAGACAGCUCCGUGGGUGUCCUCACAGGUGUCUCUGUCCUCUCUGGGACUGUUGGUGGUUCUUAAUAUGGAUGAGAUAAAGCUGAAGGACAGAGCUGUCAGUGUAUUGGAUAAAGCCUUGGGGCUGCAGGCUGGACACGCCCACCGCCUCCAGCUGCAGACUCAGGCUGCCGAGCAGCAAAUCGCAGCCCUGAGAGACGCACAGAGGGCGGGGCUAAACCACCCUGGAGACUUCAGGUCUCUGCCCAGACACGACACUAAAGACAGAGAUGGACAGUCCAGUCCAGUCUCCAGCAGGAUGGGGAGGUCAUCUGUCAGCCCAACCAUGAUGCUGUCCGGAGGAGGAGGAGCAGGAGAAUCAAAGUCUGCGUGUAAACUUGGUCGUUCAGCCUCGACGUCAGGAGUUCCUUCACCAGGUGGGACUCCACAACGUCAUCUGCAUGAGCCACAUCACCCCGUCCUCAGCCAGAUGCCAUGGCUCUGCGGAGAUGCCACCAUGAUGGAGAUGAUCGAGAAAAAAAGAAUUUUGUGUCGAGAGAUUAAAGCUCGUCAGAGGCCUGAGAAGAAUCUUUGUAAACAGGACAGUAUGCCCAUCCUGCCCAGCUGGAAGAGGAAGCAACCGCCACCAUAUUCUGCCCCACCCACUGCCACCGCAACUGGACAGACCACGGUGUUCUGGGACACAGCCAUCUGAAAUACACUACAACACAGAAACAAUGAGAAGGAUGAUAAUAAUAUAAUAAUGAUGAUGAUACAGCCAUCAGGCUACAGCCACAACACUGACACCUCUACCAAAACUAGAUUUUCUUCUAGCUGGUUUUCUCUCAUUGUUUUGAUUGACAGUAUCUGAUGACGCUUCACUACUGUCAAUAAAAUGUCAUUAAAGUUACUUACUUACUUAUACUUACGUAAUGUUCUUUAGCACCAAAAGCUGUUAGCGUUUACACAUCAGGAAUAAAUUAAAGAGAUUGAUCAUUGCAUAUACCCUCAUUUAGUUGUGUGUAUCUGGUUAUAGACAAAAUACUGACACUUUCAAAGUAAAGCACAGAGAAACACAUACAGAAAAAGAGACUCUUGUCAAAGAGAAGCAAAAAAGAAACCCAAUAACUACCAGAUAUAACAACAUGAUUUUAUACAGUUUCAAAUAUUCUCUAUAAUUAGCAAUUAAUUUAAUUGUUAAAUUAUUUUUUUCUUUAUCAACUAAUAAAACUGUCAACUAAACAAUGACAUUUAUUUGUAAUCAUGAAUCAAAUAAAUCUUAUAAAUAGUUUUAUUAAUGUCACAUGAAACAACCUCAAGUGGGUCUCGAUCCAGAUGUUGAGAAAACCAGAUGUUGAGAAAAUCAGCAGAAAGAUAAAACACAUUGAUAAAUCUGAAAAUUGACUUGAAAAACACACACACACACACACUAUUCUCCUGCCGUCCAAUCAGAGCGCAGGCAGGGGUGGCCAUACAGGUGUAGCAGAGCUUUCUGUCAUUAUUUUUCUAUCUGACCACUGAAAAAGAUUCAGAUGUUUUUUAAGUCUGACAGUCGUGUAGCAGAAAGCUGUAAAAAGAAAAAAGAAUUUAUAAACUCUUCUCUGUGUGAAAAAAACAAUCUGAAUCUGUCGGUCAAACAUGUCUUUUAUAUUUAAAAAAGAAUCUGUGACGAUUGUCUGUGUGUGAAAGAAAAAGUCAGUAAGUGAUGUUUUUAUAUUUAAAAAUCUUUUAUUAUGAUGAAAAAGCACUAUUUUAAAAUGAGAAUAUUUUGGCAUGUUGUUGAUUGGUUUGGUCUCAUCCACUGUCCCAGAAACACAGACUGGAUUCCACUUUGAAUCAUCUGAUACUGCUCUGAUACUGAUGUUUAAUUCAAGACAGUUUGUUUCACUUUCUGAUGAUUGAAAAACAUUAAUGAUCAGAAAGACUAUCAACCACUGUUACUGUUCCACAUGUUGUCUAAGCAUCUGAUCAGACAGAGACACACAACUAGAAACACAACGCCUGUAAAUCUGUUUUUUUCCUGUGGAACAGCAUGCCUGGCCUGCACAUCUCUGUUGCACUGCAGUGUUCUAGCAGUUUUAAGAUGCAUAAAAGUUUAAAUAAUUUCAACUUUUAAGUGCAGGGCAUAGAGUUGCUUGUCAAUGUCAUGACCCAGACAGGCUGUUUUGAUGCUGUUUGAUAGCCUGCUAGCUAGCUGUUGGACUGUGAGAGUGGUAGGGUUAGCAGCAGGGCGUAGUGGGAUAAAGUAACCUCAGUUAUCACGUCUUUGGAAGGAAGUUAGAGUUUACUCAUCUAGAGCUCAGCAUGUUGUCUGGUCACCCGGGUUGCACACACUGCGUCUCCAUAGGCGCACCGGCUGUUUUUUUACUGACACUCUGUGCUGAGCCGUUUCUGAAGUGGUGGUUGAGUGGUUUUUCCCACAAUAACAUUAUUUACAUAUACUUUACUGUAUGUUGACAUUGGCCUGUUUCGAAUGAAACAAACACACAUGCACACAUGCCGACCUUUGAACUGGCCUUGAACCAAUAGUAACAACUGUAUCAACUCAGCUGUUUUAGAUUGAAUGUUUUCUUUUUGUCUUCAAUCAGAACGCUGUGACGGUCCCUGUCUAGUGUUGAUGUGCUGAUGUGGUUGACCAGUUAUUGUUUUUCCUAUGUGUCCUUGAAGGUACCAUCAGCAGAGUACGGAUUUGGAGCACCUGGUUCAGGCGCUCCUAAAAGGAUAAAAACCCAGUCUCAACUUUGCUCUGGUCUCUCCCUCAUUCGGCUGCAUCCCCGCCAGCAGCAGCAGCACAUUCUCUUUGUUUGGUUUCUGCUUUGUUU